AAAACAUUGGGCCUGCCCACUGCAAAUGUCUUGUGUGUGAACUUGCGCUCUCUUUAGAAUCUCCCAGGCCCGGAGACAGCUGACUUCUCCUGCUUUUCUGCUCGACACACACAAAGUUGAGUCUGAAGAUGAGGGUGUGGAUCAUCUUCCUCCUGUGCCUGGCUGGCAAGGCCUUGACUGCCCCAACUGAAGAGGAGCCAAUUGUGGAGGAGGAGCCAAUUGAGGAGGAGGAGCCAAUUGUGGAGGAGGAUCCCAUUGUAGAAGAGGGAGUGGAAGUGGGAGCCAACCCAGUCCAGGUAGAGACCGGAGAGUUUGAUGAGGCCAUUGAAGUUGUUGAGGAUGUUGUUGCUGAGAAUCCCUGCCUUAACCACCACUGCAAGAAGGGCAAGGUGUGCGAGGUGGAUGACAGCAACAGCCCCAUGUGUGUCUGCCAGGACCCCUCUACCUGCCCCACCUCCACCGGGGAGUUUGAGCAUGUCUGUGGCACAGACAACAAGACCUAUGACUCCUCCUGCCACUUCUUCGCCACCAAGUGUGCCUUGGAGGGAACCAAGAAGGGCCACAAGCUGCACCUGGACUACAUCGGGCCCUGCAAAUUCAUCGCACCCUGCAUGGAAAAUGAGUUGAGCGAGUUCCCCCUGCGCAUGAGGGACUGGCUGAAGAAUGUGCUGGUGACCUUGUACGAGCGUGACGAGGACCACAACCUGCUGUCCGAAAAGCAGAAACUCAGAGUGAAGAAGAUCUUCGAGAACGAGAAGAGGCUGCAGGCUGGGGAUCACUCCUUGGACCUUUUGGCCCAUGACUUUGAGAAGAACUACAACAUGUACAUCUUCCCUGUGCACUGGCAGUUUGGCCAGCUGGACCAGCACCCUGUUGAUGGGUUCUUGUCUCACACUGAGCUUUCCCCACUGCGUGCCCCACUCAUCCCAAUGGAGCACUGCACAACCCGCUUCUUCGAUCAGUGCGAUGCUGACAACGACAAGUACAUCGCCCUGGAGGAGUGGGCCAGCUGCUUUGGCAUCAAAGAGCAGGAUAUCGACAAGGACCUUGUCAUCUAAAUUAUGCUCUCCAGUGACGACUUCUUUCUUUCAUUGGGCCAAGGUGCUUAACCCCUAAAUUAAAAUCAAGAUAACGGUGCUAAUCUCAUUUUUUAACAACCUUAUCUAUACCACUAAAAAGAAGAAAAAAAAGAUGUGCACAGUUCUAACUAACCUUCACCAAAGGUGAUCAAGCACGCUUCCAGUAUUUCUUUGUGUAAAUUAACAGUUAUACAGAUGGGGAAAGUGUAAGGUAGAGAGGGCUUUUAGGGAUACACUCUGUUGGACUGCAGCUGGACUUCGUAUGUUGAAUGGUACAUGUUGUUGGAUGUUCACGAAAAUAUAUAUAUACAUUUUGGGAUGAUACAUUCCAGUAAAUCAGGUCUUUACUAUUAAUUAAUUGGCAUUCUUGAGUUGACAAAUGUAAAUUUAAAAUAAAAUUUCUAAAUAAAUGUUCUUUCUCUCGCUUUUAUGAUCUUUUUAAUUGUUUUUUCUUUCUUUUUUUAUUUUUUUUGGUGGUGGGUUAACGUUCGUCUCUAUUGUGUUUUGUGUUACCAACACAACAUUUUUCAUUUUAAGCCCUGUGCAUCAGGAAGUCUGUUGUUUUUAUUUUUCUAAUUUUCAAUUUUACAGAGACAGGAAAAUGUUAAGUGUAUUGACAUUUGAAGCAAUAAAAGAAUGAACAGUGAGAGGACAGAAUCUCGCAGGUUGAGAACUUUUCUCCUUCUAAUGUGUUCACUCACCAAUUGAUUUUUGCCACAGUGUGACUAUUCUAAAAGUCUAUAUGAAUAAAAACAAUGAAAAAUGA